AUGUUUAUCUUCAGGCAUGGCGGCAGAGAAGCUGCUUUAGCGAUUCGACACACACGACCCUACCUUCAAAGCCGCUGUGCGUCAAGAAUCGAGAUACCAUUUACGCCUCCACCAGUGCCCGUCAUCGAAUCUUGCCCUUCGCCGACAUGCCAGUGCAGAGAAAGCCCAUCAGGCUUGGACAUCGAUCGAGAGUCGAACAUUAACGGUAGCAUUGCGUCGUACGCGGAGCAGCUCCUGGUCUGUACUGGAAAGAACGAUUGGAAGUCACGGAUAGAAGAGGAAGAAGAUGCUGUGCUGGUACGGCGAUUGAAAGGCUUUCUGACAAAAGGCGGCAAGUACGCCGAUCCAUACCACAAUAUACUGUUGACAAACGCAUCUUUUCACUCAGGCAAAGCAACCACAGGACCACCGGCUUCAGCAUUCUUGCUUCCAAGCUUUACAUACCUUCCCACUAUACCCACUGAUCCGAGCUCCGUGGAAGCUUUCAUCAAAGCCUUCAUCCUACCACAAAAGCUUCACAACACUUAUGAUCGCUUGACGCGAGAACAGCAGAAUGUUCUCCUACGACAACCAGAGCUGCAAAGCCAAUUCACGGGAUUUCGGCCCGUGGAUGAGAUACUCGUUCUGAUCUGCGGACACGGAGGCCGCGACGAGAGAUGCGGCAAGCUAGGACCUAUACUCCUGGCCGAAUUCGAGGAGAAGCUGCAACGACAGAAUAUAAGGAUUCUUGGCGACGACCAGAAUCUACGCGACGGCGAUGAGAAAGCACGUACUCCCUCUGCGAGGGUAGGCUUGAUCAGUCAUAUCGGCGGUCACAAAUGGGCUGGAAACGUGAUUGUGUACAUCCCACCAUCGUUCGAGGACAACGCUUUAGCCGGCAAGGGCAUCUGGUAUGGCAGAGUAUGCCCAGAGAACGUGGAGGGAAUCGUCACAAAGACGGUAAUGGAAGGGAAAGUCAUAAAGGAACUAUUUAGAGGUGGAAUAGAUCGCAGCCGUGAGACCAUUAGGCUUUGA